GUAUAUCGUGUUUGUUAUUGUUCGACUACUUUACUUUAUUACUUACAAGUUACAAGUUACAAACAAAUAACAAUUUUAAAAUUCAAAAUUGAAAAACUAUUAAAGGAAUUAUUAGCCUACUUUUGAUAUAAAACAAGACUCAUUGCGCAAGAAAAAGUUUCUGUAAAUCAUUAAAUAUGUCUUAUAUGUUAGCGCAUUUGUUUAACGGCUGGCAAGUCGAUCAAGCAAUUCUCUCGGAGGAAGACAGGGUGGUUGUUAUUCGUUUUGGUCAUGAUUGGGAUCCUACAUGUAUGAAAAUGGAUGAGGUUUUGUAUAAUAUUGCAGAAAAAGUGAAAAACUUUGCUGUUAUAUAUUUAGUUGACAUCACCAAAGUACCGGAUUUUAAUAAAAUGUAUGAAUUGUAUGAUCCGUGUACGGUUAUGUUUUUCUUCCGCAACAAACACAUAAUGAUUGAUUUGGGUACCGGAAAUAACAAUAAAAUUAAUUGGGCACUUGAAGACAAACAAGAAAUGAUAGAUAUUGUUGAAACAGUGUAUAGAGGUGCCAGAAAAGGACGUGGUUUGGUAGUUUCUCCUAAAGACUACUCUACUAAAUACCGUUACUAAAUAAUUAGUAUAGUGUAUAUUAGUUUGUAUCCUAUAUGAUUCAUCUUAUGUUUAUGUAAUGCAUUAUGUGUGUGUAUAUAUUUAUGUAUUUAAAAUAAAUUGUUAAUAAUUAUAUUUAAUAUACUUCUAUACCAAUAAAUAAAAUAUUUUUCUUAACUGUAGAAGUGAAAAUAAUAUAAACGAUUUUAAAUUCUUUAA